CCCGCUUCUUCCACUUCGCGGGAGAGGUAGUUGGCGCCAAUGGGUCCAGAUCCCCGCUAACGGAUUGCCCGGCCUUCUGGUCUAUCCGUCUGCUCCUACCUCCUGGGGUUGCGAUGGACAUAAGGAAAUUCUUUGGAGUUGUACCAAGUGGAAAGAAGCUUGUAAGUGAAACAGUAAAGAAGAAUGAGAAAACAAAGUCUGCUGAAGAAACUUUGAAAGCAAAGAAAGGAAUAAAGGAAAUUAAGGUAAAUAGCUCUUACAAAGAGGAUGCCUCCAAACAAAAGCAACCAAACAAGAAAAAGAGGAUCAUCUAUGAUUCAGAUUCAGAAUCAGAGGAGACAGGGCAGGUAAAAAAUGCCAAAAAACAGUCAGAAAAAUUGCCAUUGUCUUCUAAACCUGGUAAAAUUUUACGGCAGGAUCCUGUUACCUACAUUUCAGAGACAGAUGAAGAUGAUGACUUUAUGUGUAAGAAGACAGCCUCUAAAGCAAAAGAGAAUGGAGGAUCUCCAAAUACUUACCUCGGGACAUCCAACAUGAAGAAGAGUGAAGAAAACACAAAGAACAAGAAUAAGCCUUUAUCGCCAAUAAAACUCACACCCAUGUCAGUGCUUGAUUAUUUUGGAACUGGAAGUGUCCAAAGAUCAGAUAAGAAAAUGGUAGCAAGCAAAAGAAAAGAGCCUCCACAAAACAAGGAUGAUUCCAGAUUAAAUGAUGAAGCCAUCGCCAAGCAAUUACAACUUGAUGAAGAUGCAGAGCUGGAAAGGCAACUGCAUGAAGAUGAAGAGUUUGCCAGAACAUUAGCCAUGUUGGAUGAGGAACCCAAGACCAAGAAGGCCCGAAAGAACACUGAAGAGGGAGAAACAUUUUCAUCUGUCCAAGCCAAUUUAAGUGAAGUAGGAAAACAUAAAUAUCCCCCAAAAGGACAAAGAUUUUCAAAAGAGAGAAAGAGCUACAGUCCUAAUAAGCAAACUAAGUGUGAAAGCACGAAAGAAUCUCCACAACCAUCCUCUUCUCCAAAGGCUAGUUGUAAGCUGGCACUCAUGAAAGCAAAAGAAGAGAGUUUCUAUAAAGAAACAGAGCCCGCGCCCUCAAAGAGAAAAGAAAGUGCUGUUGAAUUGAAAGGAGAGAAAAAAACUCCUAAGAAAACCAAAAGUUCUCCAGCUAAAAAAGAGUCUACUAGUCCAGAAGACUCUGAAAAGAAACGCACUAAUUAUCAAGCUUAUCGAAGCUACUUAAAUCGAGAAGGUCCCAAAGCUCUGGGCUCCAAGGAAAUACCAAAGGGUGCUGAAAACUGCUUGGAAGGCCUUACAUUUGUUAUCACAGGAGUGCUGGAGUCCAUUGAGCGAGAGGAAGCCAAGUCUCUAAUUGAACGUUAUGGGGGGAAGGUGACAGGAAAUGUCAGCAAGAAAACAAACUACCUUGUCAUGGGUCGUGACAGCGGACAGUCCAAGAGUGACAAGGCAGCAGCCUUGGGGACAAAAAUUAUUGAUGAAGAUGGCCUAUUGAAUCUGAUUCGAACUAUGCCAGGCAAGAAGUCCAAGUAUGAAGUAGCAAUUGAAGCUGAGAUGGAGAAAGGAAAGUCCAAAUUGGAGAGAACGCCUCAAAAAAAUAACCAAGGAAAAAGAAAAAUUAUUCCAAACAAGAAGGAAUCAGAAUCUAAAAAGAUCAAGCAUACUCCUAAAAGAGACAGCUCUACAAAGACAAUGAAAAAGGAAACAGAGGUAACAGAUGUGUUUCGGAGAGGCCUGGACUUCAAGGAGCAGCAAGUUGCCAAGGAGACAAAUGGUGACAGCAGGCCUAGGGAGCUGGCUGAUGAGAGCAGUGAAAGCAAAGUGGACAGCUUGCUGUGGGUGGAUAAAUAUAAGCCAACCUCACUCAAGACCAUCAUUGGACAGCAGGGUGACCAGAGCUGUGCCAACAAACUGCUCCGCUGGCUCCGAAACUGGCACAAAAGUUCUCCCGAUGAGAAAAAACAUGCAGCGAAGUUUGGUAAAUUUGCCGGCAAAGAUGAUGGCUCUAGUUUUAAAGCAGCACUGCUCUCAGGCCCUCCAGGUGUUGGCAAGACUACCACGGCUUCUCUUGUAUGUCAGGAAUUGGGAUAUAGUUAUGUGGAACUAAACGCAAGUGACACGCGGAGUAAGAACAGUUUGAAGGUGAUUGUUGCUGAGUCACUGAAUAAUACCAGCAUCAAAGGCUUUUAUUCAAGUGGAGCAGCAGCUUCAGUAAGCACAAAGCACGCUCUCAUCAUGGACGAAGUGGACGGCAUGGCGGGCACUGAGGACAGGGGAGGGAUUCAGGAAUUAAUUGGCCUGAUAAAACAUACUAAAAUUCCCAUUAUUUGUAUGUGCAAUGAUAGAAAUCAUCCUAAGAUUCGCUCUUUGGUUCAUUAUUGUUUCGAUCUUCGUUUUCCAAGACCUCGAGUUGAACAGAUUAAGGGUGCUAUGAUGUCUAUUGCAUUUAAAGAGGGUUUAAGGAUUCCCCCUCCAGCUAUGAAUGAAAUAAUCUUGGGAGCCAAUCAAGAUAUCAGACAGGUUUUACACAAUCUGAGUAUGUGGUGUGCACGAAGUAAAGCUCUAACGUAUGACCAGGCCAAGGCUGAUUCUCAUCGGGCCAAGAAGGAUAUCAAGCUGGGCCCUUUUGAUGUUGCCCGGAAAGUAUUCGCAGCUGGAGAGGAGACUGCUCAUAUGUCGCUGAUGGACAAAUCGGAUCUCUUUUUUCAUGACUAUUCAAUUGCACCCCUCUUUGUCCAGGAGAACUACCUCCAUGUAAAGCCCGUAGCUGCAGGGGGUGACAUGAAAAAGCACUUGAUGCUCUUGAGCCGAGCAGCAGAUAGCAUAUGUGACGGGGACCUAGUGGACAGCCAGAUCCGGAGCAAGCAGAAUUGGAGUCUUCUGCCCACACAGGCCAUUUAUGCCAGUGUUCUUCCUGGAGAGUUGAUGAGGGGUUACAUGACCCAGUUUCCCACCUUCCCAAGCUGGCUAGGGAAGCACUCGUCAACAGGCAGGCAUGACCGAAUUGUGCAGGACCUGGCAUUGCACAUGAGUCUUAGGACUUACUCCAGCAAGAGGACUGUGAACAUGGAUUACCUCUCACACAUAAGAGAUGCACUUGUUCAGCCCUUGACUUCACAAGGGGUAGAAGGAGUACAGGAUGUGGUUGCACUUAUGGACACAUAUUAUUUGAUGAAAGAAGACUUUGAGAAUAUCAUGGAAAUUAGCAGCUGGGGUGGUAAACCCAGUCCUUUUUCCAAACUGGAUCCCAAGGUGAAAGCGGCUUUCACAAGAUCUUACAAUAAGGAGGCCCACCUUACCCCAUAUUCACUUCAGGUGAUAAAGACACCAAGAUCCAGUACAGGCCCGAUGCUGGAUUCUGACUACAGUGAAGAGUCACACGAGGAUGACUCCCAGCCGGACGAGAAGGACCACGGUGCUAUAGAGACUGACGCUAUGAUCAAGAAAAAGACAAAAUCUUCAAAGCCCUCAAAAGCAGAAAAAGAUAAGGAGUCCAAAAAAGGAAAAGGAAAAAGUUUUAAAAAAUGAAACCAUUUUCACUAGCAACAGCUGUGUCUUACCUCCUCCGUCUCGCUGUUUUUCCAGAGGAACCACAUUUGGCAUCAUGGGAUGACCUGGCGACUCCUUUGUACAGGGUGAUACAGCUAGCAGUGUGUAUCUGGAAGGCUCGCGUACACCUCUUAUAGAGGUUGAGAGACUGCUUUGGUCUGCUACUGUUGCCUGCCAAUCUAAUUAGAUUGUUGUGCUUUGGAAUGACUGUAUCUUAUAUCUAGAAACUACAUAUGGGCUUUGCAGUCAGAUUUUAGUUUGCAGUAACAAACCUGGGAGCACUGUUACUAAGGCAUCUUUUAUAGCCUGAAGAAGUUACCCUCAUGGCCUUUAUUGGACCAGUGCUGAUUUUUUUUUUUAGAAAGGUAGUUAUUAUGUGGUGAAAUUUAGUAAAUAAAUCAUAGUACAAAACAGUCACCACUAGAACUGGGUAUUCUUUGUACAUUGUCAGAUAUCUUGAAAAGUAUAAAUUAGGAAUAAAAAUGUUCCACGUGUACAAAAUUUUCUAAAGAUUAUCAUCUUGUGCAACUAAAUGCCAUGUUGGUAUAUUGCUUAUUAAUCUGCAGGAGAUUGGAUUAAAAAGCUCACUGUUCCUUACUAACCAGUUGUGUGAAACAUUGGUAGUCAGAGUCAAGAGCUUGAAACCCAGCGUCGUUACCCCUGUGCUGACCUGGUCACUGCUGUGAGUACUUGUCAUGGAGAGGCCUCGGGGACCCCAAGGGUGUAGAGACUGAAGAAGGGUUGCCAGGCUCUGGUCCUGGGCAGGCUCAGCUGUCAGGCCCAAACCAGUAGGCCUGAGGCAGGGUCCUAUUCGGAGACUCUGGCCAGGCCAGGAUGAACUCUGGCUUUUGUUUACUGUGCCUCUGGAGAUUGAGUUCUGUCCUGUGAUGGAUUCCACAAGUCCUUCAGGCUCUGCCUAUAAUUAUGCUUUGUGGAAUGGCCCCAAGGCUGUAGAUCUAGCCUGGAAUUUAGAAGCUGAGCUGCCUUUUAAUCUCAACAGUAAGUGCUCAGAGGUAUGUGCUGCUUCUGGACGUAGACAUCAUGAAGAAUGUAAGAUAAGGAUUGCAUGCCCUCCCUUUAAGGACUAGAUGUUUUGUUGGGGGAUGAAACAAAGUUCUUGAGACAUUUAAAAUGUAUUUACCAGUGUGAAAACUCAUUCCUAGAGAUCAGUGUAUAUGAAAAUAAAAUAAAAUUGCCUCAAGCCUUUGCCCCUCUCUCAGUGAAAGCCGGGCUGCAGACUUGGCUGCUUCACGCAGGCGUGCUGACGUACCAGAGGGGCAGGUCCUGCCAACCCAGGUGCUCUGUACACUCCAGGACAGGGCCUGCAACCUCCUGGCAGCCAGAAUGAGCAAUGUCCUUUCUGUGUGUGUGAUGAUUCGAAUUGUGAGUACUCUAAACAAUGGCAUAGUGUGUACAAGAUAAAUAGCAUUUUAGAAUUCGAAAUCUGCUACUUAAUGUAUGAGGAUGACAGUAGAGCAGUUUGACCCCCUUUGAAGGCCCCCUGACCGUGAGUGAAUGGCUGAGGUGAGUGGCAGCUGGGAGAUGGGUCGACAGCAUUUGGAUGUGACUCUCAGUGGUCCGUGUUGGGAUUGAAUCUUCACUGGUGCUCUAACAAAGUGGCCUUUUGGCGCCGUCCACUGCCACACAUCGUCUUUCAACAUAAAACUAUGUGCUUUUUUUGAGAUCCACUGACUCCUGGUCACUUUGAUAUCCCUGAAAGACUGUGCAACUUAGUCUUUCAUUGUGUGAAAUUCUUCAAGUCCUAUAGCACCAUCAUUUGACCUCUUGAAGUUAUAAACAAGGAGUAGAUUGUUUUAUGCACUAGAAAGAGUGUAUCUUCCUAAACAAGUUCUGUUGGGUUGUGCUCAUGGGUGAAAGUCUGAGGCCUGCAAUUCACCCUCUCAGGAAUGUGCUCACCCUCACAAGUUCCCAGUGCCUGUAGGGUUUGUACCCUACAGCCUUACAGCAUCCCUCCAGUGAUAGGAUACAGGAUGAAGCAGGGGACUGCAUAGGUUUUGUGUUAAUAACAUGGAUUGUACCACUCAGUAAGGCCAAGGCCUCAGGCCUGUUCUUGGGCCAGCCAUUGGGAGGGAAGGACAGCUCAUAAAGCCGAGGCUUCCUGCAAGUGCAGAUACCUGGGUGCUAUAAAAUGCUGUAUUAUUGGCAGUUUGGGCCCUUGCCUCAGCUCAUAAGUACCAUUGUAAUGCUCAGGUUGCUGGGACCCCAGUGUAAAAUCAUUAUCUGAUUCAUGCAGUUUCAUUUAUGACUCAUUUUUGCUGUUUACGAGUUUGGUGACAGUGGCUGUGGACAGCAAGGAAGCAUAUAUUGGAGUUGCAGGAUAGGCAUCGAUAUCCUUGGAGCAUGUGGUAGGGUGUGUGUGCGUGGAGCCUGAGGGAAGAUUCCAUAUAGUGGGAGUUUUUUCUCAGGAAAAUCAAAUAAAUUUUUUGAGGGUUACCGGGGAUUGAACUUCGGCCCUUG